AUGACCUCAGGAUAUUAUGCCGUUUCAUUUUUUUAUGCGAUCUUAUUGUUAUGCGCAUGCACACAUGCUGAGAUCUACCUGACGGGUGGUGAAAGCCAGGGCUUGCCAUCAGGAUUCUGGAAAAUGUACGAUAAUUUGGCAAUCGCUCCUGUUUCCAUGGUUGAAUUUUACCAGACAGUAGGAUUAACUGCAAAUGGUACUGUCCCUGAAUCCUUCAACAAGCGUGAUGCUACUGAAUACCCCACCAUUAUUAGUAAUAUAACUACUCAAGCGGCCAAUUUCACUCAGCAUAUUCUCGUCGAGCAACUACAAAAUGAUGUCACGGCAAUAAGUAUCAGUAAUGCCAUCAAUGUAGCCGUCGACGGUUCUGUUGAAACACCAGCAGACCUGCAGUACAAACGCAACCAGGAAACUGGUGAAUCUACCCUCUGUAGAGCCAAGUUUUGCGGGGUAGAGGUAAGAACUUGGUCUCGAUUGUACAAUGGGGCCGUCUCUUCCACAACGCUUAUGGCUAAUUUGAACAGCUGCAUAGCGCAAUGGGUAGCAUGGGCCGUUCAUGGGAACGAUGGGAAGAAGUAUUGUGGCAGCCAGGAGUUCACGAAUAUCUUUCUUGAUGGGCAAGAGGGUUGGAGUUUGUUUGUCAAGACGUGGUCAACAAACAGUAACUGUGAUACCACAGCCUCUGAAGAAAAUUUAACGUGUGCAGUUCGUGCUUCAGUAUCCAGUAUGCACAAUCAUGGCAAGACAGCAUUUUGUGUUACCUAUAGCCACGGUGGUUCUUGGCGUGCCGAGCUGAGAGUAGUUGCCAAUGAUGCUUGGUCUCGUUAUUAUCCCUGGAGUAUUGACUGUCCAUCAGUUGACACAAAUAAUAUGGGUAUUAAUGACUGCUUUGAUCAGGCGCAAGGUUAA